GAUGUGGAAUUAUGCUGCUUCAAGUAAAAUUAUAGAACAAAAAUAAUAAGCUUACGUAAUUUUAUUACUAUCUUACAGUCAUACGAUAGACAUGUUAAAGUUGUGAAUAAAGCUAAGGCUACAGUUGAUAAUGGGAGUCCAUACAAGCAUCACUUUACAUCAAGAUUAACAAAUAAAUAUUAGUAAUGAAUUUUAGUUAUUUUAUAUAACAACACUACACAGAAAUAAAUAGAAGUAAUUCAGCAUUACUCAGAAAGAUGAUGUAUAUCAACUCUCACUCAAGUAACCUCAAUAAAUAAAAGCUUGUAAAAUCCUAUAAGGAAAUAUCUCAUGUUUUCAAAAAUAACAAAUAGUUGCACACUGAAAGAGACCGAGUGCAAGAUGAAAAUGAAGUAAUGAUGUUAUGCAAAAUUAUAUUAGAAAAUAGUUGCCAGACUCUAAGCAACUAAAUCAUAUUAUGAAAGAGAAAAUUAGCUUAUUAAAGCGUAAAAGUAUAUAGCAUGUAGAAAUAAUAUAUCAUAAAAUGCAAGUAAUUAAUAUUGUAAUUUCAGGACGAACUGCUUACUAAGACUUUUGUGAUGAAUCAUAUGGGUUAACGAAGAUAUCUCUAUCCAAGCAAUACUGAUAUGU